AUGGUUUACCGAGCUCUGCAACCGCCUGGUGUCGCCAGCGACCGUUGUCAUGACAAGAUGACAGCGAGCAGCCGUGACUCGGUCUUUCAUACGUCAAGAACCAAACCGCAGAGGCCCAAUGGCUCCAGGCCUCGAGAAAAUCCCAGAAAUCUAGGCCCGGAAGAGACCUUUCAUUUGACUAUGGCAAUACUUCGAAUCAACAAUCGCGCUGGCGGUGGAGUAGCUACUCUUCGCGUACAAUACCAAAGCUUUCCUCAUCCAAACCUCGAGCUCUGUGCCUGA